AUGGGACUCUCUAUUUCACGCAAUGUGGAAAGAAGAAGGCAGAUGGAUCCUAUUUCAACGCCUCGAAUUCCAAGUAUUCAAAGAGCCCAAAGUACAAAAACACAUCGUUCUGAUGGAUUGUGGAAAUUUCCCUCAAAGGUGCGAGCCAUCAUCUUCUUCUACGCCCUUUACGAUUCUUGGCACGGAAAACCGCCAAACUUUCUCAAAGCCUUGAGGGGGGAUUGUGGCUUAUACUUUGAGGCUCUGCCAAUCUUUUACAAGCAUAACGAAUAUGCGUUGAGUCGUUGGAGAGUUGUUAGACCCCCUUAUGGACUGGGGUUCUUGCGCAGGGUUCAAAAUCUACGAAUGAGAAUAAAUUUGCGGAAAGUACGUUACGUAAAGUUGAAUCAUGACCAGCAAGUGGCUACGGAGCGAGAAGGACUGUUGCAAGCUGUUGAUCUAUUUCUUCCUGAGCCGAGCAAUAGACUGUGUUUCUCACUUGUGGACACAUGGCCGUUGCCCAGAAGGCACCCCCCAACGUUCUCGCUAGCAGAAUCGAUCAAUAUGUAUGUGAGCUACGCUGAGCGUCUCGAAACGAUCCGUCAAUGCUUCGAGAGAUAUCGUCAAAAGUUAGCAGAAAAACCCCAGUAUGAAUGUCAUCCAGCUCCCAUCUUAUCAAUCACAUUCGAGGAAGGCCAUAUGAGACGAAGUGGGUUGAUUAUACAUCACCUGUUAGAGUAUCUACGUUUUUACAUACCGAUGAAAGAUCAGAGACUUGCAACUGUUAACUCAUCAGGUCCUACUACGUGGGAAUGGGAAACGGAAUGGGGAAAUGAUUUAAUGAAGCAAUUCAAAUCAGCUCAUUCAGGAAAGAAACGGAGAAAAUGGCAUCUACCAUCUACUAUUCGUGAAACACUGGAAAAGGAUCAUGAACUGUGGGUACAACAUUGUCUUGACAAUAGUAAACGUUAUAGACUUCCAGAGCUUCACUAG